CCCUCUUCCAUACUAAGGACCUUGAGGUACAGGAAGCUGUGGGGGAACUCAGGCUUUCUUAGAGCUGAACCAACGACUUCUAAGGGAGAGACUAUGAGGCAGGCGGCACAUCGUCCCAGGCCUCCUUAGGACCCAGAAGAGCCACAGAACAGAGCAGAGACAGACAGGGAGAGAGAAGGGGGCCGGGCUGGCAACCAGCAACACCCCCGCCCCCAGCCCAAAACAGAGCCUAGUCUGUGCUGUGGAGAAGGGAUUGAAGCCUAUUCAGAUGGAUGGCCAGCUAGACCCAAAGACAUCGAACUACAUGCAUGGAAGGGGACUCGAGCACAUAGGGACACUCAUACAGAGACAUUGACACACAUGCAAAUACAAUUAAUGAGAGCGACACCCACAUGCUAAUCCACACCAGCAAGACACAGAUACACACACACACACACACACACAUGCAAAGACACCCCCUCCCACAUACACACCCCCAACACAUACUGCCACUGAUCCUCACACGGGAGAUCCAUGCUUUCAUCCACUUAAACUGUCUCUGGCCUCCUCACAUUGCCCCUACAGGGACACCCUCUCUUGCUCACACACAGCGACUGGCGCACACUCACACGCAAACCCCAGCUUCAAUUCCAGCAGCUCAGCUUGCCUUUGUAGGCAGGAAAGCUCUCUCGCUGCCGACCUUGGACAGAGUGUGGUGGAGCCACGAGACUGACCAGAGGAGAAGUGGUCUUGGUCCAAUAUGACCCUAUGCUGUGCCCUCAUUUGGGGGGGUGAUGCCCCUAGGCUUUGGCACUGGGGUCCUGCAGUGCCACAGAGGAUCUGAGUCCUCCCCCUCCCCAUCCAGGGAGAAAAGGGAGCAAGGAGCAAUGGAACCACAGGCAUUGCCCACAUGGCCUGGCUGGGCCCCAAACCCAGGGGGUGUGCCAGGGAGCACAGCUUCAAUGUGGGGUGAUGCCCUGGUGGCUUUGGAGGCUGAAGAGCUGGACCCUGGGGAGAACCUAGAGCCAGGGGAGGCUGGGAGCCCUGGACAGAUGGAGGACACUCCAUCUGGAGGGGAAGAGGCUGUGUCGCCCAAAGCAAACAGCCUCCUGAGUGCCACCCAGCUCCCAGAGAGCCCCGGAUCCAUCAGAAGGAGGCUACGGUGUUGGGAACCUGAGGAUUCCCCCCAGACCUGGUUGGAUUCAGGUUGUGGGGUGAGGCCUAACAUGGAGCUGCUGAGGGCUCUGGGUGAAAUGCAGUGUCGAUGUGCCAUCCUGAAGGAGGAGAACCAACAGCUGCGAAAGAGCAGCUUCCCUGAGACAGAGGAGAAGGUGAGGAGGUUGAAGAGGAAGAAUGCAGAACUGGCAGUCAUUGCCAAACGGCUAGAAGAGAGGGCCCACAAGCUUCAGGAGGCCAACCUGCUCAUGGUGAAUGCUCCCAUGCCCUGUCCAGGUGCCAGCCUGGAGCUGUCCAGGAAGGCUCUGGACAGCCAACGAGCCCGUGACCUGAGUGAGACAGCUAGUGCCCUCCUGGCCAAGGACAAGCAGAUAGCUCACCUUCAGAAGCAGUGUCAGGAGCUUCAAGCACGACUCAGCUCUAAGGGCAAGGAAGGCCCCCGAUGGCUGAAUGUGUGGGACUUUGACCGGCUUCUGCGGGAGUCCCAGAAGGAGGUUCUGAGGCUGCAGCGGCAGAUCGCCCUGAGGAAUCUGCGGGAGGUCUCCCUGACAGGGUCCCCCAGCCCCCUGGACACUACUGCACUGCCUCCUGCCCCUGGGGCCCCUGGGGAGGCAGUGCCCUUGUCUAGACCCCAGGAUGACGUGGAUAUCCUACUGGAGGGGGCCUCAUUAGCAGAGCCAGAAAGCCAACAGAGGGUCAAGCAACUGGAAUUAGAACUUGGCAAGAAGAGGAAGAAAUGGGAGACGCUUGAGCAUGAAGUGAGGAAGAAACAGACGAUGUGCUCCUACUAGGAACUCCAGCUGCGGAAGGCACAGAGUGAGAAUGCCCGACUGGUGGAGGAGAACUCUAGGCUCAGUGGCAGAGCCUCAGGGAAGGAGGAGGUGGAAUCUGAGAAUGCAGAGCUGAGGGGCCAGCUCCAGGAGGUGACAGAAGAGAGGGACUCAGCCCUUCGGAAGAGCCAGGGACUCCAGAGCAAACUGGAGAGCCUAGAGCAGGUGCUGAAGCAUAUGCGAGAGGUGGCCCAGAGGAGGCAGCAGCUGGAAUUGGAGCAUGAGCAGGCCCGGAUAGGUUUGCAGGAAAAGCAGGAAGAGGUCCUGAGGCUGCAGCAGGCCCAGGCUCAGGCCAAGAGAGAACAUGAAGGGGCUGUGCAGCUCUUGGAGUCUACCUUGGAUUCCAUGCAGGCCCGGGUGAGGGAGCUGGAGGAGCAGUGCCGCAGCCAGACAGAACGCUUCAGUCUCUUGGCCCAGGAACUCCAGGCCUUCCGAAUGCAUCCAGGCCCUUUGGACCUGCUUAGCUCAACCCUGGGUACCAGCAGCACUGAACUACCUCCUGUUCCUUGCUGCUGCUCCACCCCACAGCCCUGCAGGGGGCCCAGCCCCAAAGAUGUGGACCUCCUGCCAGGCUCUCCCAGACAUGGUGCCCCACGGGCUCCAGAUGCAGUUUCUAUUGCUCACUCGGGGGCUCCACGAAGGGCUGCCAAGAAGGCAGAGUCUCUUUCCAACUCUUCCCGCUCUGAAUCCAUUCACAACAGCCCCAAGUCAUGUCCUACGCCAGAGGUGGAUACAGCCAGUGAGGUAGAAGAACUGGAGGCAGACAGUGUGUCCCUACUUCCAGAGACUGAGGGUGUCUUCAGGGGAGACAAACUCCAGGUCUUCCUGGCUCGUUAUAGCUACAACCCCUUUGAAGGUCCAAAUGAGAACCCGGAGGCAGAGUUGCCGCUGACUGCGGGCGAGUAUAUCUAUAUCUAUGGCAACAUGGAUGAGGAUGGCUUUUUUGAAGGGGAGCUGAUGGAUGGCCGCCGGGGCUUGGUCCCCUCCAACUUUGUGGAGCGAGUAUCGGAUGAUGACCUCAUGAUGUCACUGCCCCCAGAGCUGAUGGACCUGUCUCAUAGCUCAGGCCCUGAGCUCAGUUUUCUGAGUGGUGGUGGGGCUGCUAGCAGUGGGGGUCAGAGCAGUGGAGGAGGCAGCCAGGCUAGGCAUGAGGAGGAGAGGAAUGAGCUCAGCCCCAGCCCCCUGCUGGACCCCCCUGCCGUGCCUUAUCCCCGACACUUGGCUGUCCUAAAGCAGUUGGCCCACAGUGUGGUGCUGACGUGGGAACCUCCUUUGGAUGGGGCUGAGGUUCAGGGUUACCACGUCUGUGUGAAUGGAAAGCUGCAUCAGGCCCUGGGCCCUGGAACACCCCGAAAAGCUGUGCUGGAGCAUCUGGACCUGCAGUCAGGGACCUGCUGUGUGUCUGUGCAGGCUGUGACCAGCCAGGGCAGCUCAGACCCUCUUUGCUGCUGUGUUAUGGUAGGGGCAGGAGCUGGGCCGGCCCCCAGCCAGCUGCGGGUCCGCCGAGUGACCGCCACAUCUGCUGAAAUCACCUGGGUGCCCAGCAACAGUAACCUUGCCCAUGCCGUCUACCUCAAUGGGGAGGAGUGCCCACCUGCACGUCCAGGUACCUACUGGGGCACCUUCUGCCACCUGUGUCCUGGCACACCCUACCAGGCCCGAGUGGAGGCCCGGCCCUUCACACUUGGGCCUUCGGAACCAAGCUGGGAGAAGCUACAAAAUCGAGUGGCUGUUGUACAUUUCACCACUUUGGCAGCAGGCCCCCCAGAUGCUCCCCUAGAUGUGCAGAUUGAGCAAGGCCCCUCUCCAGGGAUCUUGGUCAUUAGCUGGCUCCCAGUCACCAUUGAUGCUGCUGGAUCAUCCAAUGGCGUCCGGGUCACAGGUUAUGCUGUUUAUGCUGAUGGACAGAAGAUUAUGGAGGUUGCCUCCCCAACAGCAGGCAGUGUGCUGGUAGACCUGUCUCAGCUACAAUUGCUACGGGUGUGUCGGGAGGUGGUGGUACGCACCAUGUCCCCUCAUGGAGAAUCUGUCGAUUCCAUCCCGGCCCAACUUCCUCCAGCCUUGGCUCUGGCCUGCCCACCCCCUCUGGUUCUCAGACCAUCUGCCGCCUCCCUGUUGCUUUCUGCAAGCCCUGAGGCCGAGUCCCCUCCUUGCCCUGCCGCUCUGGGCCCUGGGGAUUCAAAGCCCCUCUCUCAGCACCAAGAUCCUCCUGGAAGCCGAGACAUUGCAGAAGACCUCUCCGGCAGCCCCUUGGAGACAACAGAGAGGCUCUCCCAAGAGGACUCCACAGGGGAUGGCCUGCAGGAGGAGGCUAGAACCCUCACAACAGCAAGAUGGGCCGCUGCAGGCAAGAGAGGCCAGGGUACAGGGCCUCCUGUGUCAGGGAAGAAGGAAGAGGAGGCAGCCGUGGUGGUGGAGAAGGGGCUAGGAGAGUCAGCUCCUGACCCUUGCCCAGCUCCAGGAGCCCCUGCUGAGAGGAUGCUGGGGGUAGAGACUGGUCGAGGAGAGAUUGGGCCUGGGCUCCGCACCAGGGCUGAGCAGAGGGAGGAUGCUGCUGAGGUUGGGGCCCGCCUGACAAACUCUCUCAUGGACCAUGGCCGAAGCUCUGACCUGUCAGACAUCCAAGAGGAAGAGGAGGAAGAAGAGGAGGAGCCAGGGCCAGAGUCUCUCUCUUCCCCCCAGCAUGGGGAGACCAACAACAGGGAGAAUGGUGCCAAGCCGGACUCUUGUGAGACAGACAGUGAUGAAGAGAUCCUAGAGCAGAUUCUUGAGCUCCCUUUUCAACAGUUUUGCAGCAAGAAGCUCUUUAGCAUCCCCGAAGAGGAAGAAGAAGAGGUGGAAGAAGAGAAGGAAGAGAAAGAGGAGGAAAAGAAGGGGCCAGGUGGCUCCUUGACUUAUACCCACUUGCCAGAGCCCCAGGGGGUGGGACUAAAUCGCUCUGGUAGCCGCCUCUGGGAGUUGAGACCAUCCCCCUUGACCCCUGACUCUUCCCUGGGAAGGGACCCCCCUGAGGAGCUUACCCCCUGCCAGCCUGGAGGGAGCCCCCUGGGGAGCCGGCGGAGGGGAGGGGGCUCCCCUGAGAAACUGCCUGCCCGCAAACGACCUCCUGACCUCCGAGAGCACUGCAGUCGCCUUCUUGGCAGCAGCGGGACACAGGGGUCUGGAAGGGAUAGGGGUGCACCUUCAUCCAAUGAAGGAGUGAAAUGUGGAACAGAAACUAGUGGGAAGGGGUGGCCAGGUCUAUCCCGGAGAUGUCCCAGGGGCCUUGCCCCUGAGUCGGGCCUUGCCAGCUGUUUUGCCCCAAAGUGCUUGGAGAUCAGUAUUGAAUACGACUCUGAAGAUGAACAGGAGUCUGUGGGCAGUGGCAGUAGCCUCUCCUCUUCCUCCUGCUGCCCUCGAGAUGGGGAGGGCCGGGGCACUGGACUGGAAGAUGCCCCCCUAGGAGGAAGGCGGGGGCCACCUGGGACAAGCCCUGCCCCCAGCCACUGCCUUCGCCUCUCUAGCUGUGAGAAAGGGGAGCUGGAAAGGAAAGGCCGAAGCCUGAACUGCCGAGUGAAGGAACCACCCCCUCGGACACCAGAGGCUAGAGAGCUCAGGGGCCAGGAUGCUGCUGGACAGAGGUGCCCCCCCAGGAAAGGAAGUCGACCUCCCAGGCUGGGUGCAGCUGAGCUGGCCUUUCCAAGAAACCAGGCGAAAGAGAUUUCCCCUCCAAAUGAACCUGUUCGGAUCUUUGUGGCUCUCUUUGACUAUGACCCCGUGUCCAUGUCACCCAAUCCUGAUGCUGUGGAGGAAGAGCUCCCAUUUCGGGAGGGUCAGCUCUUGAAGGUGUGUGGAGAAAAGGAUGCUGAUGGCUUCUAUCGGGGAGAAUGUGGAGGUCGAGUCGGCUAUGUUCCCUGCAAUAUGGUGGCUGAGGUAGCAGUGGGCAGUCCCGUGGUAAAAAGACAGCUACUCCAGAAGGGUUACAUACACCCUGACAGCCCUAAUGAAGGCUCAGGGAAUGGCCCCUUCCCGCCACUUGCUCCUCAUCCGGCUGGGCCACCCCCCAAACCUCGGAGAUCCAAGAAAGGCUCCUCCUCUCAGCCAGAUGCCAGGGCCAGCCCCAGCACAUCCCGUUCCAUGGUUGCUGCCUUUGAUUAUAACCCUCGAGAGAACUCUCCCAAUGUGGAUGUGGAGGCCGAGCUGUCCUUCAAAGCUGGGGAUGUCAUCACAGUGUUCGGGGCCAUGGAUGAUGAUGGCUUCUACUAUGGAGAGCUGAAUGGACAAAGGGGCCUUGUCCCAUCCAAUUUUCUGGAGGGCGUAGUCUCUGGUGAGUACAGGAGAGUAGCCGGGCCACCUAAGGAAAAGGAUGCUGGGGUCCUUACAGCUGAGAGCCAGCUCCAGUCUGCCACUGCCCAGGAUCUGACUGGAGCCCUGCCAUGUGCUCCCUGUGGCCUGUGCCCAUCUCAUCCCCAUUCUCUUAGGCCUGGGAGCACCCUUAAGGCCAAGUCGGGGGAAUCAGUGGCCCCAGCCAAGAAAAUGCGGGGCCUCAUCUCCAAAGGGAAGCACCUCCUUCGAAAGCUGGGCUCGGGGAAGAAGGAGUGAACACAGUAGUUUAUGCCUGCCAGACAGAACUGAGGCUGACCAGCCCCUGUCUCCCACCCCUGCCAUGUCUCUCUCAAAUGAUCCUAAAAGAGCCCCCUAAGCUAACAAGAGACUUUUGCCCAGGGUCUAUGGGGUGGGACCCAUGGUGGAGCUGGGCUCUUGGUUCUUGAACUGCUUUCUGGACAUCACUGGUGCUGUGAUACCUGGAUGGAAAUCAACUACAGUUAUCUCCACCCUCCACCACCCCAAGAUCUGGGAUUCUAGGUGUUGGUAUGUGUUUGGGGUGGGGCUGCAGCAGAAGGAACAGCUCUCUAGGCUUCCUGUUAACAUCCUUAUGUUCCCCCAGGUCCCAUGUCUUCCCUCCCUUAAGGGAAAAAAGUUUGCACUGAAGUCUCCCAAUGUCCCCUCCCUCCCCCCCAACCCCCAUGGCCCUCUCAGAGGGUGUGUGGAAUCCCUGUAAAUAUGUACAUAAGCAGCCGUGCCUCUGUAGCAACACUCCAGCUCCAUCUUGCUUCCUCCUCCCCUCCCAAAACCCCGAAAAGGAGAAAGGUCAUGCCAAAGCGUGUCCCCCACCUCAAUCCCCUAAACAGGGCCACCUCAGCCCCCCCCACCUGCCAGUCUCCCCAUCCCCCAACAGGCCGAGGGUUGGGGGUUAGAGGUCAGGGGUUGAGUUUGCCUUAUUUGCAUCAUUAGAUUUGAUUUCUCUUCUGCAGCAUCUCUAACCUCUCUAGGUGGGAGUUUGGGCAUGGGGGUGGGGCAAGGACAGAAUUCUGAACUUAUGUUCAUACAUGCCAUGUUUAGAACGCAACAGGGGUCCCAUCCCCUCCAUCCCUCCAACCCCAUAGUGUUCCAUCCCUUCCUCCAUUUGACCCCAGACAGCCAGGUGGGCCUCUCUGCAUGCUUCCUGACAUGUGUUGGAAGGUUGGUUGACUGAUCACCUCCAUGCCCGCCUCCACUACCCCAUGCUGUCCCUGGGUCACAGUAAGGGGUGAGUGUGUGUGUAUGAAAUUGUUUAAAAAAACAUUUUAUUAUAAUAAAGUCUAUUUUCACAAAACCUUUACCAGAUUC